AUCAGAAGAGAUGGAGAAGGCCAAGGCAGAGAUUAGGCCACUGUCCACAGGCGGAUAUGUCGCGCCUAACGUCGUUUGUGGGAGGGCAAGGCAGGUUCUUGCAGCUACAGUGGUUUCUAUAUUGGCACUUCUGUUUGGAAUUACGAUGGGAUGGACAUCCCCUGUCCAAAGCCUGCUGCAGAGCGACAGAAGCCCCAUCGGAAGACUGACCGACGAAGAGUUUUCUUGGCUGGCCUCGUUGACCCUCGUGGGUGGUCUGACAGGUCCCUUCCUCUGGAGCAGACUGGCCGACAAGCUGGGCCGAAAGGGAGGCUGCUACCUGGCGGCCGCAUGCUACCUGCUCGGCUGGGGGCUGACCGCACUCACGGCUCGCCACGGCCUCCUCCUCGCCGCACGGUUCCUCAACGGCCUCGCCGGGUCGGGAGGGCUCAUCAUCGGUCCGGCCUACAUCAGCGAGACUGCGCAGUCCGCCAUCCGCGGCGCUCUCGGCUCCGUGGUCAUGCUCUCCUUGAACGCCGGAGUCCUCUUCUCGUACACCCUCGGCGCCAUACUCUCCUACCAAGCUUUCAAUCUCCUCUGCACAGCCAUUCCAGUCAUAUUCUUUCUAUUAUUCUUAUGGAUGCCUGAAUCUCCAGAAUAUCUUUGGAAUAAGAAAGAGAUCAAAGCUGCAGAAGCUUCUCUUCUCUGGUUGCGUGAUGAUAACGAAAAAUGUGUUCAAGAGGAAAUGGACAGUUUGGCACGCUAUGCGAGCGAUCAAGGCGGUGCCAGUGCCUCAGCGUUGGUAAGCACCAGGGGCCGAAGGAAGGCGAUGAUCAUCGGCCUCGGACUGUUCAGUUGGCAGCAGUUCAGCGGCGUGGUGCCCAUCCUCGCCUACACCGCUUUCAUCUUCGAUAAAUCCGGCAGUUCCAUCGCACCGGAAAGAGCUGCCAUUAUCGUCGGUGUCAUACAACUCAUGGCAUCCUUUGUUAGUUCCUUCAUUGUGGACCGCUGUGGCAGGAGACUUCUCCUUUUUAUAUCUUAUGUAUUCAUGGGAUUGGCAUUGCUGACAUUAGGAACGUAUUUCUAUUUAGAAAGUGUCAAUACUGAUGUUUCAUCCUUCAGAUGGAUUCCUGUCUUAUGCUUGUCAGUUCAUGUACUCAACUACGGUCUGGGUGCUGGGCCGAUACCUUACAUCGUUACAUCGGAGACUCUACCGAUCGAUAUUAAGGGUCUAGCUGUUUCAGUAGUUAUUUGGUGGGGUACGUUUCUUGCAUUUUUGAAUGUAAAAUUCUUUCCUGUUUUUAUAGAUAAAGUUGGCCUGAGUGAGUGUUUAUUUUCUUACGGCAUCUUGAGUGUGGCUGGUUGCCUGUUUGUUUGGAGCGCGGUUCCUGAAACCAAGGGGAUCCCUCUUCAUGAUAUACUUCUUCGGCUUAAUCGUGGUUCAAAGGUCGAAGUGUGAUUAAUGGCUUUACCCUUACCUUUAAUAUAAGCUGACAUAGUAUGAUUACAUCAAUGGUAGGAGAUAAUUCCAUGGCUUAUUCGAUAAAAAAAACAACCAUUCCAUUAAAAUAUCACUGGAAUUUCACCUAGAUAAAAGAAUCCAUCUAAUGGUUGCAACUUUAGCAGUGAUUCCAUACUGAAGCUAAUAUCUUCAGAGCUUCUUUGAAUCACGCCAAUGAUGGUCAAAGAUGAGAUGGAAGGGACAAACAGAAAUAUAUAAUGAGCUGUUGGAUCAGCAUAAAACGUUACCAUAUCUUUAUCACAAUAGUAAUUGAGAUUUAGUUUUUUAGCCGUAAUCUUAAAUUAGGGCUAUGAUAUAAAACGGUCAAUCUUUCCUCAAUAGUGAUUUAAUUAUUUCAGAUUUGUUAGUAUUUAAUUAAUUUACAACUAAAUGUAUAUUACUUCUAUUCAUAGUUAUACUUAACAAACACAGAUAAUUAUUACUUGAAAUAAUACAUUUCGUCAAGUUUGUAUAUAUAUAUAUAUAUAUCUGUCUAAGAUAUUUUAUUAUAAAGCAAAAUAUGAUACUCAGUAGAUAUGAUGAUUAAUUAGUAUUUAGUUGUUUUUACGACGCUUAAAGAAGUAAAUAAUUUCUUUUAAAAUCAUUUUGUUCCUUUAAAUCAACGUUAUCUAGUCACAUAAGGGCAUGAGGCCGUGAUGGUCGAGAGUGUCGAGUCUUCACCUUAGCAAAUGGUGCUGAAAUGUUCGUUAUAUCUGUAAAAUAAUCUUCCCUCAUGCCUGAAAAGGUAAGGCAGGUGGUAAUAGAUAGAGAGAGGGCAUAAAAGGGCUGGAGAUUGUAAAUACACUAAUAAUUAUGUUAUAUGUAUAUAAAGUACACUACUUUUAAUUAUAUUUCUGUAAAAAAAUAUUUGAUAUAAUAUUACAGAUUUAUUGUAUUUUUUACAGUAUAAUUAAAACUAGGUAGAAAAACUACUGGUCCUAGAUGUGUCAAUAAUGAUCAUCGAUAUUUUUAAUUACAGUAUUGGUAAUUACUGCUUGUAUUAGUAACAUAUAUUAAAAUGUAUUUCUUAAUUUCAGGGGUUGAAAGUUAUUUUAUUUUACAAAUGAGCUCAACUUUAACAGUUUGAAAAUAAAAAAGUGUUAUCAAUAAGAGGUUAAAAGUAGAAUAUUUUACAAAACUGUUUUUUAUUAUUAUUAUUAUUAUUAUUAAUAAUUUUUAUUUAUUGAAAAUAUUACAAUCUGUCCCAAGGACAUUUAUAAAAGUGUUCAGAGAUCACAUUCAUACUAUAUG